AUGAGGAGUCGCGGUGGUGGCCUCACCGGAGGUCGCCGGUUGCCACACAUCUUGGUGGUCUUAGCUUUGUUGGCUAUUACUAAUGUAGUUUCUGGAGAUACUAGUUAUUUGUAUUCUUCACCUCCGCCUCCUGUGUAUCAAUACAAAUCUCCUCCACCACCUUCUCCGUCUCCACCACCUCCCUAUGAGUAUAAGUCUCCACCACCACCACCAGUGCAAUCGCCUCCCCCACCAUAUGUAUACAAGUCUCCUCCGCCGCCAUCACCAUCACCUCCACCACCAUAUGCUUACAAGUCUCCCCCACCACCCUCACCUUCACCUCCACCACCAUAUGCUUACAAGUCUCCCCCACCACCUUCACCUUCACCUCCACCUCCAUACUAUUACAAAUCUCCACCGCCACCCUCACCUUCCCCUCCGCCACCUUACUACUACAAAUCUCCUCCACCACCUUCAUCAUCCCCUCCUCCACCUUAUUACUAUAAAUCUCCACCACCACCUUCACCAUCUCCUCCUCCACCUUAUUACUAUAACUCUCCACCUCCACCCAAGAAAUCACCACCCCCUCCUUAUUACUACACCUCUCCCCCACCACCAGUUAAAUCACCACCGCCUCCAUACUAUUACUCAUCACCACCACCACCUGUAAAGUCUCCUCCUCCACCCUACUACUACACCUCUCCGCCACCACCCAAGCCAACUCAUUAUUAUCCUCUCCAUUAUGAUCAAUUAGUGGUUAAAGUUGUUGGAAAAGUGUACUGCUUCAAGUGUUACGAUUGGGCAUAUCCUAAGAAAUCCUAUAACAUGAAACAUCUCAAAGGUGCAAUUGUUGAGGUAACAUGUAUGGCCGGUGAAAAGAAAAUUGUGGCAUAUGGAGCCACCAAGAUCAAUGGAAAGUAUAACAUUGAAGUUAAAGGGUUCGACUACAAGAAAUAUGGAGGAAAGGCAUGCAAGGCUAAACUUCACACACCACCCAAGGGUUCCAAGUGUAACAUCCCUACUAACUUUCAUAUGGGCAUUAAGGGUGCUACACUAAGAAUAAAAUCAAAGACACAUUAUGAAGUUGUUCUAUAUGCAAAACCAUUUGCUUAUGCCCCAAAGACUCCUUAUGAGAAAUGUGAGAAGCCCAAACCUACCCUUCUUCCACAUUAUUACAAAUCUCCCCCACCACCAACUUACUACUACAAAUCACCACCCCCUCCUUCACCAUUGCAUACACCAACCUAUUCUUAUAAGUCACCUCCACCACCAUCCACUUAUUACUACAAGUCUCCGCCACCCCCAUCUCCAUCACCACCAGCACCAUAUUAUUACAAAUCUCCUCCUCCACCAUCUCCAUCUCCUCCUCCACCCUACUAUUAUAAGUCUCCACCUCCUCCAUCACCAUCACCCCCGCCACCAUACUUUUAUAAGUCUCCACCACCCCCAUCUCCAUCACCACCACCACCCUACUACUACAAAUCUCCUCCUCCACCCUCACCAUCUCCUCCCCCACCCUACUAUUACAACUCUCCACCUCCUCCAUCACCAUCACCCCCGCCACCAUACUAUUAUAAGUCUCCACCACCCCCAUCUCCAUCGCCACCACCACCCUACUACUACAAAUCUCCUCCUCCACCCUCAUCGUCUCCUCCCCCACCCUACUAUUACAAGUCUCCACCUCCUCCAUCACCAUCACCCCCGCCACCAUACUAUUAUAAGUCACCACCACCCCCAUCUCCAUCGCCACCACCACCCUACUACUACAAAUCUCCUCCUCCACCCUCACCAUCUCCUCCUCCACUCUAUUAUUACAAGUCCCCGCCUCCUCUGUCACCAUCACCCCCACCACCAUACUACUACAAGUCUCCACCACCACCAUCAUCAUCUCCUCCACCUCCAUACUACUAUCAAUCCCCUCCUCCACCAUCUCCUUCUCCCCCUCCACCGUAUUACUACCAUUCACCUCCCCCACCAUCCCCAUCUCCUCCGCAAUCAACAUACAUUUACGCUUCUCCACCCCCUCCAACCAAGUACUAAGCUUUAAUUGCUCUUCUACUUUUUGUUGUAUACCAGAUCUUCCAUUGAAUUGUGGAAUAAAUGAAGGCUUCUUGAAAGGAAGAUUCGGACAUCAUUUACUAUAAUUUAAUUGUUAAAUAAAGUCUUCGUCCUUAUUGUAUCAUUUUAUAUGGAAGAGGUUUUAAAGAGAUUCAUUUCCAUUUGAUCAAAAUUUGUUUGUAGUGGUAAUUGGAAUGUA